GAAAGUUGUGUUCAAUUAGUUAGCUCGACGAUGGCGACCUUAGAUGCGGGGCCAAAGUCUGACUUAGCAAUCCAGGUUCUGGAAACAUCUUUGAGAAAUGAAAAAUAUACACGCGACAAAUUGGAAAAACUGGUGGAUGCACAGCAACUGCAGGUUGAAGAGCAUCGCAGCUUGAGACUCAAGCUGGAGGCGCUUCUUCGUAUUGAACGUGAAAGAGUUGGACAGCUGGAACGUCAAGUUUGGGAAUUGCAAGCUCAACUGGUGCCAAAAGACAGCGAAGAGAUGCCCCAAGACCCUGUCCGCCUGCAGAUCCUUUUGCGAAACCGAGACAAACAGUUGGAUGAUCUAUCCCAUCGUUUCCAGGAUCUGCAAAAAGAAACUGAUACUGCGCACUUCCAAGUUGCUCUCACACGUCAAGAGGUUGCAACUCUGAGAGCAGAAGCAGUGCAGCGCGGUGAUGAGCUACAGAGGUCGAUGCAGUGUGAAGCCCAACUGCGUGCCCAAAUCUUCCAGCUCCGGGAUGAACUGGAGCGCCUGCAGGCAGCGCUCGUUGAGGAACAAGUUCGCAGUUCCAAAGUGGUGCAAGCUACUGCAGCCUUGCAGGCUGAGCAGGAGCGUUUUGCUGCCAUGGAAACCAAGAUGGUUGAAGAGAAGGAGCAGGCCAAGCAGGAGUUUGAAUGCUUGGCCGCCCAGUCAGAAGAAAGCAAUCAGACAAAGGACCAAACCAUUCGGCAUCAAACAUCUGCGAUGGAAGCUCUGAAUCGCGAGUUGAAGGAGAAGCAGGUGGAGAUAGAUAAGCUUACAGCCGUACUGUCUGCAGGUGAGGAGGGAGCAAAGGGCGUUCAGCGCAUUUUCUUGCCACCUCUUGGACCAAAGCCUAUGGAGGAUGUUGAGGUCAAGCGCUCAAUCGACAACCUUCGCAAGCAGCUGAAAGCGAAGGAAUCGAAGCUGUCCAAACAGACAGAAAGGCUGCAGGGCCUUGGAGAGCUGCUUGAAGAGCGCGACGUACAGCUGCAGGAGCUGACUAGUGCGCGUCGUGACCGAGAAAAGCUGCGCUUGAAGCUGGCUGACUUGGAGGAUGCUGUCAAGACACAAAAGAAGGUCCUCUCGAGGGCUGAUGCCGAGCGCCGGCUGAUCAGCCAGGAGGCACGACUCAAAGAGUCCGAACGCCACAUGAAGGAGCUUGCAGACAACCUGCACAGAGAACGUGAAGAGCGGCAGACCGUGACAACUGAGCUACGUACGCUGGAACAGCGGCUUGUGGGGAGCGCUGUCUCGGCUGGGGCCAUGGAUGAUGCCAAUGAGGCUAUGGCAAAGGAGCUGGCGGAGCAUCGUGUCAAGUUAGAUAUGAAGUGUGAAGAAGUGGGAAAACUGGAGGAGAUGCUGGCAGCUUCACAGGCCGAGGUGAAGAAACUCAGUGAACGUGUAAGACCAGAAGUGGAUGAUGUGGCAUCCCUCCCGCAAGUUCAACGCAAACUACGGAAGUUAGAAGAGCUUGACGAGCAGCUUGCUAGGGAUGUCAUUGUUCAUCUUCAAGAUCGAGAGAAGAAAAUUGACACACUCAGCUCCACGGUGGCGUUGCUUCGUCAAACCGUCGAUGAUAUGCAGCCGAAGGAGCAAAGACUGGAACCUGGGGCCAAUCCGGAACUCUUUUAAUUCCUCUGAAGCUUUGUAGCAAGUUGCCAGUUUUGUUCAGUUCCAAUCAUCAUCUCGCUGGCGCAAGCAUUUACAUCCUAUGGCCUUGAUAAAAGGUUUUUGAGGAUGGGCUGGGGCUUUACAAGCUCUGCAAAUCAACACGUUUCACUGGUUUUCAACGCAGCUUCCAAGUUCCAAGCAGUCAGAGACGAAGUCUUGCAAGCAAGGAGAGGAACGAAAUCUUGCUUGACCCAUCGCUAGGGGACGGAACAGAGAAAAACACCAUCGCUAGUGCACCCUGGGAAGAACCCGGAGGAGCAUUGGUUAAAGGAUCGAGGAGCAA